AUGUCUGAGAGUAUCGGAGAUCAUGUGUUGACAGAUGAAAGUGAUCUCAAGAAUUCAAUCUCCAAAUUAGUCCCAAUCAGGAAACUCAUUGAAAGGCGUUAUAAUAGAGAAUCUCCGACCACAAUGGAGGACAUAUCAUAUAUGGAUAAACUGAUACGACUGGCCUAUAGUAUGCCACACGUUAAAGACAUGAAGAAUAAGGCCAUGAAUUUUGUGGAUCUCAAGAGUGGCAUCAGAUUCAAGAAAUCCAAAGAAUAUAAUAUUUACGACAAACUCUAUCAGUCGUGUUGUGAUGAGGACUGA